GACAAGUAGGCUGGAGAGGGGGCGGGAGGUUUGGUUGAUCCAGGAGUCUUGCGGUAGCGACAGGCAUAGCGGCAACCGGAAUAUUGAAAUGAGAACAUUAACGAAAUAAUUAAUUUUAUUUUUAGAUAUCGAUUUCUGGGCACGCAAACGCGGCGGUACACCGGAGGCGGGUGGAAUCCUGGAGUUUGCGAGGGUUGCUAACCUUCAAAACCUUCCGAUACACGACUAGCUACCCAGCUAACUAUCGCCUUUCAGUGGUUUUCCAGCACCAGCAGUUGUAAAGCAGUCGUGCCGCUUAUCACUUGUUUAAUAGCUGCCUGGGUAAGGCGUCCGUCGUUUACAUGCUCUCAGCUUUAUUCCUGUUCAUUUUUGGCAGUUAGCUUGUUAUUCGUAGCGAUCAGCCGAUUAUAUUUAUGAUUGGAGACUUGUUGGAAUCAGCCUUCCACUCCGAGUUGGUGCUAUCUUUUUGGGUAUCAUUACAGUGGCGCUGGGAGGGCCAUACUCUCAGGAAGGAGAAAGUGGUCGUUAGUUAUCUGUUAGCUAGGGUUUAGGGAUACCGUAAGGCUAACAUUGAGCUCGGUAAUGUUAAAGAUGCAGAAAUGCGUUUAAGGGGCCGCCUCGGUAGCACGUCCCCUUCUCGGUAGCGCGAUCACUACAGGCUUCAAUCAGAAAUGGUCACCGGCCGUAGCCCUCCACAGAAACCACGACACGCGUCUCAAAAAUGAUCAGAUGCUCUGAAGCCCGCUUGCGAUUCACGGCCAGAUUGAUCGUUUGCACUGUCCGCGACAUGCGCAUGCUGGGAGCCGCGGAGCCCUCGGUCUAAGCUCGUCAGCGGCCACUCACACAUCACUGCAGGGCAGCAUAGAGUUCAGCUUCCAAGUACGCGAGGAUGUCGGCAGCUAUGAACAACUCGGCCGUGGUGCCGCAUGAGAGGAUGGAGCUGGACCUGGAGAUCCCGUCCCCGAUGGCCCAGACGGACAGCCUCCUGAAAAGGUCCAACAGCGCGCCCAUGAUAAACGGACUCAGUGACCACUCUCAAGUCUUCCAUCGGGAGAUCAAUCCGAACAGGAGAAACAGCACCACAGUGGUGAAUCGUCCCAGCCUGGUCCCCUCCUCUCCAAUCCGCAUCCCCAGCUCCAGGCUGCACCAAAUUAAGCAGGAGGAAGGCGUGGACGUGAUGAACAGGGAGACGGCCCACGAGCGGGAGGUGCAGACUGCCAUGCAGAUGAGUCACUCCUGGGAGGAGAGUCUCAGUUUGAGUGAUAACGACUUUGACAAGUCGUCCUCGUCCUCCCCGAAGCGGAUUGACUUCGUGCCGGUGUCACCUGCACCGUCCCCAACUAGGGGGCUGAGAAAGAAGCAGUGCUUCUCCCCGUCCCUGCAAAUCCUGGUGAGCAGCAGCGGGCCCAGCCCUGUGCCCAGUCCUACACGACGCUUUAGUAGGAGGAGCCAGAGCCCCAUCAACUGCAUUCGCCCCAGCAUCCUGGGGCCAAUCAAGCGGCGAGGUGAGUGGGGGCCGGGAAUCCUCCUCCUCCAUAGGGGAAAGAACAUCAUGCCGUAUGUUUACCAAAGAUCAGGUGAGGUGGAGAUGGAGAUGGAGAGCCAGCCCAAGAGGCUGUUCCAGGGCUCCACCACCAUGCUGUCUCCCGAGGCGUCCCACCUCGCCGACCUGGCUCCCUGCCUGUCCUCCGACCUGCUGGAUGGGAGCCUGAGCAGCGUGGGCUCCUCGUCGGGGUCCCCGGCCAAGAUGGACGGGGUGUCCCCAUCGCCCGGCAACUCUCCCCUCAGCCUGCUUCAUGACCUCUCGCCCAAGUGAGAGCGGUGAGAGGAAGGCAGGGGUGCUUUAUGAAGACCUCCACCCACGUCCCGGGUGUGGUGACGUGACCACCAGCUGCUUUUCUAUCUAUCGAUGAGAACUUUAUUUUGGAACAUAAUUGUUAAGCAUUCACAUACAGGACUGGCUUCAGGAAAAAUCUCUGCAUUCCAUCAAUGGGGAGUAAAGCUAUAGCACCAUUUUGUGUUGUCUUUAUCACCUGCUUUCUGCUGUGGAUCUAGACUCUCCAUCGUCUUGCUGGUGACGUGACAGUGGGUCGUGCUAUAGGACGAGUGUUGACACCAGCUGCUAAAUGUGGAUUUCCUACACGGGGUUAACCCUGUCCUACCUCUCCAGCACCCUGGUGUUGUGGCCCCCAGCCAGAAAUGGAACUUAACACAGCAUCCAGAGUACUCCCACCCCCCUUUACCCCCAGACACACACAGACACAAAACACACAAGGUGGAUUAAAAAUGGCUGAUGUGUCCCAGUGGUAAUACCGUUCUGCGCUAUACAAUCCCAUGAUUGACUCCUUACCCCCUGCUUGUGCUCUGUAAAUGUGUAGAUAUCACCGUAGGCUGUGGAGCAGAUGCAGACUGCAGGGUUUGUCCUGGGAGACGCCCGAGGUCACCUUGCUGCUGUGCUUCCUAGACCACUCUGGGAAGGACCCUAAACAGACUUCCUGCUUUAAAAUACCUUGUUGAAAACUAACAAGAAACAAGACAAUGCUGCACGCAGACCUCUGUGCUGGGUGGUCUGUUUUCUCGUCCUUUCCUGUUCAUGGCUGUCCUCCCCACCACCAUGGGCACCAGACACUAAGGUGAAAAAGAAAACUAUGCUUUGUUUUAGUGCUUGUCAAGUGACUGGGGUCUGAAAAGCUGAUCUGCUCCUACCUGAACUGUCCUGCACUGCAGGAGAAAUGUGGGAGGGAAAUGCUACAAUGAUGUGAAGAUUUUUGGAUUGGGGGGGGGGGGGGUUGAGCUUUGUAAACAAACUGACGGUGACGUGUUUGCAAAAGGCUACAGCCAGUUUUGCUGCUAGAUUAAAGCGAUGAAAAUACAUCUGUUCGGAAUGCGGUCACUGUAAAUGAGACCUGAAGUGGGCCCAGUGGCACCCCCCACUGGGCGGACUGGGCUUCCGUGUGUCUCCAUGUAUGCUUGUGUGUAUUGUGGCCGCCCACACUGUGCCUCAUCCUCGUCAAUGCUACUAACGCAUGUGUAACAGUGUCCAGUGGGUCAGUCCAGCUGUUUAAAGCAGCGUUUCCCAAUCCGGUCCUUGGGGACUCGCAGCCGGUCCAUGUUUUUGCUCCCGCCGAGUCCCCCGGAAGGGAGCAAAAACAUGGACUGCUGUGGGUGCCUGAGGACCGGAUUGGGAAAUGCUGGUUUAAAGUAACCGAACUUCACCAAGGGAGACAUACAUCUGUUAUGGGGGGAAAAAAAAAAAUUUUUUUUUUUUUUUACUCCCAGAAUGAUUUGUUGCUAUUUUUUUUUUAAAUUUGUGGAUCACAUGAUGUUUUGUGCCAUUGAAGAACUGUGUCUGUGCAGCUUGUGCAAAAAUUACCAAUGUUUAUCUAUUUUGUUUGUUUUUGUAAUAAUUUUGGAAGUUUUAUAAAAAAGCAUUUUAUUUUCUGUGAACAAGGCAUGUAAUGUCAAGUAAAUCAAACUAUUCAUUUGUGUGCUGGAAAGUGGCUCUUGACCUCUUGAGUGACAAAGUUGAGUGGUUCUUUUUUUUUUAAGUGGGGACUGGGAGGUAUUUUGUACAGUUUUCCUUUUAACACUUUAAGUAAAUAUGUCAGUGGUGUCUCUUUGUCUUCUUUUUGGUCCAGUGGAAUGUCAUUACAUUUGUCCACAGUGUUUCCUCAGUUUAAUACACUUAUUGCCCGUGUGUUGUCGGGACUCCAGUGUUUUCAAUCCACUGGAGCUGCCCCCCUCCCCCAGAGCCUUAUAAUGUAUGUGACUUUAGAUUUAAAGAAAAUAAAUUAUUUGCUGUACAGUG